AUGGGUAUCCCAAUGUGGCGUGAGCCUUCAGAGGCGGAUAUGUUCAAGUCUGUUCUGGAAAAGGACCCAUCUGCCGCAGCGCGCUCGUCCAUCCGGCGCCAGCCCACGAUUCGGCGCUCGUCACGCCACAGUGGCUCUCGCGCGCGCGGAGCAGGUGUACUGUCCUCCUUCCAUUCUCACAUCCUCGAUGAGAUCCAGCGGGGGAUGAGUGACCCUCACAUGGGAGUGCGAUCGCCCGUUUUGAAUUUGGGCAUCAGCGAGGAUGGGCUGGAUCUGGAUACGAGUCGGCGCGAAGCGCUCAACAGGAGCUCUACGCGUCCGAAUGCGCAGCGUCGUAGGGACCAUUCUAGUCGCCGCAGCAGGAGUUCUCGGGAUCAAGCUUUGACGGACCUGCUCGGUCGCCCUGACCCCCAGUCCCGGCCUAGCGUUCGCUAUUCGAGCCCUUCUCUCACGCCGAACUUUGCCCCAGCACUCGUUUACCACUCCGCCCUCUCAUCACAACCACCCUCGGACGGCGUUCGCCUUCCGCCUCUGCGUCGUACUGAUAGCCGUAACCAUGAGCCCGCCUCUUACAUUCCUUCGGUACUCCUGCGCGACUAUCGAACCGGUCACACGCCGAGCCGACCGAACCGCGAACCUGCCGUCGAUGGACUGGGAGAUCGCCAGCGGAGUCUGAGCCCGGACGGCGAGCGCGAGACUGAUGCCUGGGAAACCCUGCUUUCGACCAUCACGCCCGAUGCUACCCUUCCGUCGACGGACACGUCCUUCAACUCCAACACGGCGUCUGCGACCGAUACCUCCCGGACUGGCAACUCCACCAACUCGUCGCAGACCCUGCCGUCGUCCUUGGGAUCUUCUCGCCCUAUCAGCAUGGCACUUGAUCCAUAUCCUGACCACCUGCACCCCUGCGACUUUUCGUCUUCGGACGAUGAGGACGCGCCCGUGAAUUACCACCGCAUGCUCGGCCCAACGGGCAUGCCGCCUUCGCAUCGUCGCUCCCCCGGUCCCCACUCGACUAUGAGCAGCCACCCUCCCAUCCCCACGAUUUCUUUUUCUCUCUCGGAUUCUUCCAGCGACCCGGACCUCCAGCAGAUGCAGGCCAUCCUGGAUCGACUGGCGCGGCGCGAGGAUAUUCCCGAUGACUGGUGGGCCGCAGCUGGACUGUCUCGCACCAUAACCCGAGGCCUCAGCGCCGGCGCUGAUGCCAACGAAAACGAGGGCACUGAUGGAGCUAGCCGACUCGGCAUUUGA